GAUACUACACAAGAUUUGGUUUGAUAAUGGAACUCCAGUGCAAAAUUCAGAACUAUGAUUGGGGCAAAUUGGGUUUGGACAGCACAGUAGCAAAACUAGUAGCAAAUGCAGAUCCCUCUAUUACUAUUGAUCCUACCAAGCCUUAUGCGGAACUAUGGAUGGGUACGCAUCCCAAUGGGCCAUCCCUUAUCAUAGAAAGAGAUGUUUACUUAUCGGAAUAUUUAAAAAACAACUUGGAUGCAAUUGGACCAGACGUUAGAAAGAAGUUUGAUGUAUCUGUACCAUUUUUACUUAAGAUUUUGUCUGUGAGAAAAGCACUGUCUAUACAGGCACAUCCUUCCAAGGCUCAUGCUGAGGAACUUCAUAAGAACUUUCCUGACUUAUACAAGGACCCUAAUCAUAAACCAGAGCUUGCUAUUGCUCUAACACCAUUUGAGGCACUCUGUGGGUUCCGGCCUGUUUCACAAAUAAAGGAGUAUAUUAGCAAAUUGCCAGAACUAAAAGAAAUUCUAUCAGAAGCCAGUGUGAAUGCUCUUGUUCAAAGUGCUGAUGGUGACAGUACUUCAUCACUGAAAGAUGUCUUCCAAUCAUUGAUGACUAGUGAUAAGAGUAAAAUAGCUAGUGCACUUGAUAGUUUUCUGAAUAGAUUGGAGAAUGAAGAUGAAUCAUUACAAACCAAACUUCUGUAUCCACUUCUCAAGAGGUUACACACAGAUUAUCCUGGUGACGUAGGUUGCUGGGCGCCAUACUUCAUGAACUAUAUACAGCUGCGGCCCGGACAGGCUAUAUUUUUGGGCCCUAACUUGCCACAUGCUUAUUUGAGCGGAGAUUGUGUAGAAUGCAUGGCUUGUUCGGAUAAUGUGGUACGAGCUGGGUUAACACCAAAACACAUUGAUGUACCGACCCUCAUCAACAUGCUUGACUACACUAGUUAUCAACCAAGUGAACUACUAUUUGUACCGCAAAUUGAAGAUCCAAAUAGUUGUAUUUGGCGACCACCGGUACAAGAUUUUGCUGUAGUUAAAAUAAGGGUGGAAAGCGGUGAUUCAUACAACACAAUUGUGCGUCCCAGUCCAAGUAUUAUAAUUAUUAUAUCAGGUAAAGGCGAAGCUUGUGACACUGAGCCCAUACAAGCUCGCGCAGGAGUUGUUAUCUUCUUGAAGGCAAGCCGUCAACUGACGCUCACGCCCUCUGACGGAGACCAUAUUGAAGCUUAUCAAGCUAUUUGUAAUGUUUAAUAGAUGAAAUUUAUACUUUUUUUUGUAUUAUUGUGCAGUGUUUUUGUUGUUAGUUAAAUCGCUUUGUGAACUUUUAACCCGAAUUGUAAUAUAGAGGUUUUAAAGAUGGAAGAGAUGAUCACACUAACCUAUUUCUCUUUCAAUUAAUUUGUAAUGUCUUUUGUUUUAAUUUUUAUUUCCGUUAUUCGUUCAGUAUUCAUUUGACAAACAAAUUGAAAAACAGUUUUUCCAUAAAUUGAGUGUAAAAUAGGAAAAACUAUUUCCAUUUCAGUAUUAU